UGUUGUUUGUCACACAUUAGAACCAGCUCCUGUCAGUGUCAGCGGAGGUCGACAUGUCACUGUGUUUGUGAGUUAUGUCCUUGACUUGUCAGACAAACUGACAAUAAAUGACAUUCUUAACCUGGCGCUACUUUUUGGUCAUUUCAUCUAUAGUUCUUUUAUCAGUUUGAUGCAGGUUGUUUUAUUCCUCAUGGUACUGGACAUUUAAUUUUUUAUGAAAAAAAUUGACUGAUCGGAACUUUCAGGUGGUCAAAGUUUGCUGGUGUAGUGUUUGUUUGAGUGCCCUUCUCAAUAAAAGGAAGUUGGAUACAGGCAAGAAAGUGUUUGUGCUUUACACUGACAUACUUCGUACCGCUGCUAUACAAGUUCUGUAGAAUUUCUCACUGGUUUAACAAAAUACAUGUUGGCUCAAGAUUCAAUCAGUUUAAAUUACUGGUAGUUAAAUUUAGUGUGUAAUCAAAUCAUUUUGUGGGACAGAUAGUGUUCGGUGAGUUAAUGUUUAAAUUGUAAUUUGUGAUUGGCAUGAAUUUUGAUUGGUUGCAGUAUAUGUUAAAAUCCAAUUUACCAUGCCUGGCUUAGAUGAUGACUACAUUAUGAGUUCCAAGGUUCAGACACUAUCUAUUCAGUUUGGAAUUGUCCAGAGGUUGGAAUCCUGCCAUGACCAGUUCAUGCACCAGGUUAAGCUUGUGGACCUAGUCUGUGAUAAAACCAAUAGCACUGUUAGCAGUUCUAUCCCAGGACUGAAGCCUCCAGAUACAGACACAGGACUGUUGUUAAGUCCAUUAAGUCCUCUUUCAGGACCACCAGCUGAAGACUCAGGACUGUUGUUCAGUCCAGUACGUCCUCAUUCAGGGCCCCCAGAUGAAGACUCAGGAUUAUGUCUAAGCUCACCAGCUCCACUUUCAGAGACACUACAUACAAAUAAUGGACUAUUGUUAAGCCCAGCAGAAUCACCAAAUACAGACUCCGGACUAUUGUCAAGUCCAGAAACCUCUUUGUUAGAACCAUCAAAUGGAGAUUCUGGAUUGUUUUCAUAUCCAACAACUCCACUUUCAGAACUAUCAUGUACAGAUAAUGAUCUGCUGUUAAGUCAACAUGUAUCAAAUACAAGUACAAACACGUGUUAUGUGGAUAACAAAUGUUCUGCUAUUUUGAAUGACAUUGAAUUGGAAGACACUGGUGAUGCUUCAUCGGUUAGUCUUGUGGGUAAUGCAAAUGCAACAAAUGUGGACAAUAAUUUGUAUGGAUUCAAUCACGAAUUGUCAGUACAAUGUGGUCAUGAAAUAACUAAUAAUUCUGUUGUAAAACAUUCCAAUAAUUUAACUUCUAAAACUUUCACAGAGGACGAAGAGUCAUCAACUGUCAAAUACAUGGAUAUGGAUUCAAGUAUUAAAACUGCUGACUCCACCACUGAAGACACUAAUAUGACUGCUAUUUGUGGAGAUGUGGAUGAAACCAUUGGCAACCCAUUCAAAGAAAUUGAUGCUAAGCAGGACGAGGAAGCAUAUAAGAUAUCUAAUCAAUGUUCAGCAUCUAAAGAUGAUUCUGGACUAGGUGAAGACUCAAAUCAAUCCAUUUCAUUUUCUGCUGUUGACUUUAAGCAGGAAAAUGGUCACCCAUCAUUUGACAAUGAAUUCGGGGAUCAGGAAAACUACAAUGUUGAUUCUGCUAGUCAAAAGGAUUACUGUGGACUUGAAGACAAGUCAAAUUGCUCUGACUUUGUAAAUCUUGAGGAUUCUGUUGUCAGUAGUCAAAAAGAGGGUUCUGGUAAUUGUGAGGAGUCCAGUGAAUUCAAGUCAUAUUCAUCAGUUGAUUUUAACCAUCCAAAUGAAAAUGGCAGCUCUGCUUUUGACUCUCAGUCUUGUAGUCAGGGGAAUUGUAAUGACAUUUCUGAUACUCCUGGUCAGGGCAGUUUAAAGAGGAGAAUAUUGGAGGAUCGAGAAACCUUGUCAGAGUGUGCUCAGUCAGAAUGUGAGGCGUCUGCUUGGAAACUGGCAAAGGUUGAUGACAGUGAUAUCACUGAGGAGGAAGAGGAGGAAGAGAACCCAGACUGGACCUUUCUGUAUGAAGACAGCCUGCUGAGUCCAAUUAUAGAGGAGAAUGCCUGUGAACUAAGUUGCGGCUCUGACAAACGUCAAGGAGGUUACUUUGCUAACAAGCAGAACAGAAUCUGUGAUUCAGGUGAAAACCAAAUAAAUAACGCUACAGAUUCUGUAGUCUCAAACAACACAGAAAAUGUUGAAAAUGAUGGAAAUUGUGAAAUAGUGUCAUCGCAUUCCAACUCAUCAGAUGAUGGUUUUUCACUUGAGGAGAACUAUGUAACACACUGCGAGAUUUUCUUGCAAGGUACUCAUAAUAACAAGGAGAAUGUGUUAACUCGGGGUUCUGAUAAAUAUUCCGAAGAAUUCAUGGAACAGAUGUCAGAAACUCCUAAUCUAAAUCCUGAUCUUGAAGCACAGCCUCAUGAUCCAACAGAUAACACGUCACAAUUUGAUCUCGAAAUGCAACAGUUUGACUUUAACCCUGAAUACCAGGCAUUUCAUUUGAAAAAUGAGCUUGAUAAUAAAACAUCAUGUGUUAUGGACAAAGACACACCAAAUAAGACAGUUGAACACAGUCUGAGUGAGGACAUGGUAAAUAAUUCACUUUGUGAUGUUAGUAGUUUUUUGGAUGUCGAAGCAUAUGAAGAUACAGAGAAAAAUAGUUCUGCAAAUGGCACAGUUUGUGAAUUUGAUGUCAAUGAAAACCUGAGCAUGGAAAACAGUUCAGUUACAAAUGUAUGUGUAAAUGGAAGCAAUGGCAUAAAAACAAGUGAAUUAAGUAAUGAUGAACCUCUGUCGUCUGUACUGUCAAAUACUUCAGAAAGCAUGAGUCGUUCUGUUGUAGAUGAAACAAGUAACCACGAAAACCCUACUUUCAUAUCUGUAUUUAAACCAAAGGAAUUAUGUUCCAGUUCAAAUGAUGUUUCCCAACAAGGUAAUAUUGAAGGAGAUUCAUAUAUUUUUAAGGAACAGGCACAAAAUGUCCAUAAACAUCCAUCAAUGAGUCGGAAUGAAUGGACUGUGGAAAGAGAUGUCUUGUCAAACACGGAAAAUCAGUCCAGCUCAGCAACUGAAAGUAAUAUUAGGAACAGGAAAAUCAGUGAAUCAAGCAGUCAGUUGUAUGUUUCAAGACUAAAAGAAAAAUUUGAGCAAAGUGAAAAUACUUCUACAAAAAACGAAGAAUAUAAAGUUCACAGGAAAUCAAAUGAUAAAAAUGAUCAGUUUGGACUGAAAUUAGAAUCAAAAUGUAAAUCCUUAGAAAACUUAUUAAUUCCAUCUGUUGCUGAUUCUCCAGAGCAGAACAUUCUAGAAGACUCAUCUGUAAACAAGUCUGUGAAUGCAGCUCAAGCUGCUAACAGACUGUCUAGGUCUGCAGAACCCACUGACUUGUCUUCUUGUGGACAUUUAUCCUUUCACAAAUCACUGCUUGAUGUUAGGAGCACCAAUACCGAUUCCAGUUCUGUAUUAAAUAGAGGAGUGUUGCAUCACAGGUCUAUGCAUGAUAUUAAAAACAGUGACAAAGAAUCCUCGUCAGAUGUGAACAACGAUUUACACUCUAAAUGCUGUUUCUCCUUCCAUGAAAUUAAGAAACUGUUUGAACACCAAGACAGUUACAGCUGUGAGAACAAACAGCCACCGUCACAAGGAACAGAGUGGAAAGUUUCUUCCAAUUUUCAGACUCCACUGAGUAAGGUGACCUACAAGUCUUGCACUUUCAUAGCCCUGUCCCCAUCUACACCAACGGGCCCCGCCUCGUACGGGGCCUUCGGCAUCGUACGCAACGGACGUGAGGAGGAAGUUAUUCAAGAUGGACAGACAGUGUUUCGAGCUAAAGAUGAGAAAAGAUACUCAGAUUCAUUCACUGAUCGGAGUGACCAUGAUGUUAAACAGGACUUCAGCACACCACAUUACCUAGCCAAUGAACAAAUGCAGCAGAAAGGUGUUGGGCAAUAUAAUCAAAAUUUUGCUGGGGAGACAGUUUCCAGGGAAGAAGUCCACGUGUCUGAGAUGAACACAUUCGAGACAGAACAGGAAGAAGGUGUCUAUGAAAAUGAACCACAGAAACGGUCGGACGUGGUCCGCGAAUCAGACCGUAACAUUGCAGAGGGUCUGCCCGAGAUUGGAAUGGCGAAGAAUCUGUUGAAUAAGUUCGCACACAUCACGGAUCAACCUGCAGAGCCCAAACGGAAGGAGCUGACUCCACCAGACUCUAUUGAUGGUCCUGUGGAGUAUGUCAGUGAGCCACGGUCGACAAUGGAGAUGUACCAAGGCAGACCUGAGGCUGGAGUGUUUGAAAACCAGCCGGCAUACAAUCCCGACAUCAUGCGGUCAGGUGGAGCUCCAGAGGAUAUCUUGCCAGAGCGUGGAAUGGCACGGAAUGUGGCGUCAAAAUUCAAAGAGUUGGAGAAAUCGGGCAGCUCUGGGUCUCAUACCAGUGGCAAAAGGGAGAUAACUCCAGAUCGGGAAGGAGGCAAGGUUGAAUUUGUGAGUGAACCACGAGGGUAUGUGGAGAAGUAUGAAGGAAGAGCAGAAUCAGGGGUUUUCGAGAACGAGCCGGGACAUAUUGAUAAUGUUGUCAAGUCGGGAGAGCAAAUUGAAGAGGAGCUACCAGAACGAGGCUAUGCAAAGAAUAUCGCUUCCAAGUUUAAACAGCUGGAAAGUGGCACGGCUCCAAGUCCGGAUAAGGGAAGGAAAAAAGAGAUGACUCCUGAUCGCUCAACAAAAGUGGAGUACGUGAGUGAACCGCGAGGGUAUGUAGAGACAUACGAAGGGAAGGCGGAGGCCGGAGUGUUCGAGAACCAGCCGUACAGCCCAACCACAGAGGUCAUUAAGUGUGAUCAGCCCAUAUCAGAUGAACCGCUGCCAGAAAAGGGCUAUGCACAACAUAUUGCCGCAAAAUUCCGUGAAAUGGAAAGCUCAGCCAAAUCCCCACCUCCCACACCUGUCAGAAUCAAAGAAAUCACUCCACCAAGAGAUGAUGGCAAUGUUUCUCAAAAUUCAGGUGUUUUUGAGAGCCAGCCCCAAGUGUUGCCCGAUGUAGUCCGGUCAGAGGACAACACAGAUGACAUAGUCCCACAAACAGGAUACGCAAAAUCUCUCGUGUCUCGGUUCAAGCAGCUGGAAGCUGAAAGUUCAAAGACGGUAACGUCUUCCAAACAGAAAAGGGAGAUAACCCCACCGAAAGGAGGAUCAGGUGUUUUUGAAAAUCAACCAAAACAGUUUAUCCCUGAAUACAACAGGCAAGCGGAGAGUGGCAUCUUGGAAAACAAUCCGGAACACAUAGAGGGAGUCAUAAAGGAGAGCGACCCACCAAAGUUCGAAGAGGAACUCCCAGAGAGGGGCAUGGCCAAGAAUUUGGUGUCGCGCUGGAAGCAGAUGGAAAACCAUGGCAGCACGCAGUCUGCGACGGCGAAACAGCGCAUAAAGGAGUUCACUCCACCGCGGGAAGAAGAGCGCGUCAAGGCUGCCCGCUCCCCCAGAUCACCAUCUGGCGGCCAGAGUCAAAGCUUCCAGCAAGAAAACCUGCCGAACCAGGCGGGUGAACCAUCGGUGUUUGAGAGUGAACCCGGCAUUCGGGACGAUGUGUUCCGUGAAGCUGACACCGACUGGAUGGAGGGCAUGCCGAAGAGCAACACAACGAAGAAGAUGUUGGAAAAAUUCAAACACAUUCAGGAAGAGGCAAAAAAACAACCCCCAAAACCAGUUCCAAAAUCGGAGGAACAAGGCGAUAGCAGUAGGGAGAGUCCUAGUAGAAAUGAAACGAAGGCAAAAAAGAGUGGUGGCUAUAUGGUGGCCGUCCAGGCUGAGAAAUGCGGAGUCUGCGGGAAAAGCGUGUACGCCAUGGAGAGGCUGGAGAUGAACAAAGUUGUCUACCAUAAAACCUGUUUUAAGUGUUCGCAGUGCAAAGCCACGCUCACGCCAAAAACAUUCGCCGUGAAUAAUGGAAUAAUGUUCUGUACAAACCAUUAUAAACAACUGUUCGCUCGCAAGGGAAAUUAUGAUGAGGGAUUUGGACGGGAGCAGCAUAAAAAGAAGUGGCGGAGUGAACCUAGCCUCACUGAUUCAGAGCAGGAGGCCACAUAGAAUUUACUUUGAUUUAGUGACGAACUCUUUAUUGUUACCAAAACCAAAUGCAGAGAACAGCUGACAGAGGCUGGAGAUGUAUAGUUGACACUUAGUGAAGGAAUUAGUCGGUGAAGAAGAACAAAGAGAAAAGAACAAAACUGCAUAAAUAAUGUAUAAUUUUUGUAUACAUGUACAUAUGUAAUCUGGGUUCAAAAUGAUAAAAGGCUCUCUCUUUGUAGACUUAGAUGUCCUUUUUUUUACUACCUAUGUUCAAAGAUAGUUACAUAUUAAUUAAUUAAAUCAUUUUAUGUGUAAUUUCAUGAAGAUUUUUUGUCAUCUUGCCAGUUUAAUCCUGUACAUUCAGUGUUAACAAGUGAUAUACAAAGAUACUUGUGGUAUUAAGUUGAAGACUGCAUGUGAAUUAAUUGGUUUUUCAUUAUUCAGAAACACUCACUUCUGCAUAUUUCAGUCUUCAUGUCUUCACACUUUUGAUAAUGUGGAAUCAAGCUAGGAUUUAGAAUCUUAACAAACAUGCAUUAUGGGGUUAAUCUUCAUGACAGAAUUUGUAUUAGGUCUUUCAUAAAAUGGGAGGGUACAAAACGACCAACUCGAAGUCACCCCAUUUCCAAAAAAUAAAUGGAACAAGCAUGGCUGGGUGGUGCGAGUGGACAUUUGAAAAACUGAAGGUGAAAAAUCAGGGGUUGAUUUAGGAUUCUUUUACGGUAUUCAGACAGUCAUGGGUUCCUGGCAGGCUGCUGGUUGAUCAUCAGUGUAUUAGAAUUGCUAAUUAGUGUGGGGUGCAGUCUGAGACCCACCCUAUAGAUCUGCUGCUGGAAAUGUUCUACCACCCACAUGUAUAGUACAUGUAUAGUCCAACAGCACAUUAGACAAACUCUUUACCACUGGGCUACAUUGCACUCCCAACAUGUCUUAAGUUACAAAAUGAAUGAUCUUUCUGUUAUGCUGACAUAGUAUUAUAAGUGGUGGUAAGCUGCAAACCUGAAGUACCAGUUUGGCCCAACUGGGCACAGAAUCCAGGUUUUAAAACUAAAUUCAUAAAUAUUUUUAUUAAUAUACCAAGUACGGUACAUUGUUUUAGCUUCCUAGAAUAGUGAAGUGAUAUGUUCCUAACAACAUUUUAAUAUAUUGUCCAUAUUACCAAAAAAAAAAAUAAUAAUAAUCUAACAAUUUGCAUCAUCUAGGUCUAUACCAGCUGCAGUUUUGUUCAGACAUCUUGAACAGACACUUUUGAUCACUUUCAACAAAUUUGUUUCAUUAACUAUAAUAUCAUUUUGCACAGUUGAUUUUCAUUUUAUUGUCUGCAAAUAAGCAUUGUGUUUUUAGUUGUAAGUAAGUGUGUUAUUGUUGUAUGGGUAUUUGUGGAGCUAACUGAGCAGCUUCUGGUUGAUUCAAACCAAGGUGUAAUAGCCAUCAAACUAAAUGCAAUAUGUUGAUUGGUUGGAUCACACCAGUACCCUGAAAGCUGAGUGCAGUAGAGUAAUUUGAUUGGUUGGUUUAAACCUGAGCAAUAACUAAGCAACCUGAAUGGAUUAUGUUGAUUGAUUGGACCAAUCCAGUUACCUCUAUGAGCGGAGUGUAGCAACUUGAUUGGUUGGUUUGGUACCAGAGUGAUAGACAAGUAGAUGAAAUGGGCUUUCAUUGUAAGCUAUGCUUAUUGAAAACUUAGACAUUGGUUCUUUACUUGUACAUUUAGUUUGCUGAUCAGUCCUUUGAAUAUAGCUUUCUUUUCAAUAUGCUUAAUGUUCAUAUAGAUACAUGUAUAAUCAUAUUGCCUUUUAUCUUUUUGAAAAUGUCACAAUUAUUGCUCAAAUCAAUAAAACUAAUCUCUCAUCCCUACAUUUCACUUAAGACUGAUUCUUGAUUCAUAUUUUGGGCAGUCUUAUGUCAAAAUACAGGGGGUGUCCGGUUUGUUAUAGUGUAUUUCAUGCCCAAAUCUGAGAAAUACAUUAUGAAAGAUUAAUAAUCCAAGCAUAAUGUCAAAAAAGAAAGUUGUUAAUUUUGCCAUGUACAUGAUUUGCACACACACACUGGUUAUAGCCUCAUAAUGUAUAGUGCUAUAGAAAUAAGUGAUUUUUCUAGUUUACUAUAUACAAACUUUCUAUUUAUUACUCACUGCAUGAUCAAAAUGGAUCUCUGUUUAUAUCAUGCUUUCAUGGCUGGUUUUCAAAUAAAAUAACCAAGUCUA